AUGUCCUUUGAACCCUCGAACAAGUACUACACAGUCGGGGUCCUGUUGAUUCCCGGCGGCGAUAUUCUCGAUUUUGCAGGCCCAAUCGAAGUCUUAUCUCAUGUCUCGCACAACCAAAACCUAGAUAGUCCGGACAGGAUGUUCAAAAUCCAAACCAUUGCUUCCAGCUUCGCAAUCUGUGCAGCAGACACUCUUACGGUUCAGGCAAACAUUCUCCUACCAGAUGCCAUCGAUCGGAUUUCGGAAUUCCAGAUGCUCAUUAUCCCGGGUGGACUCCCAUCAGUCCUACAGCCUUUGAUGGAUAGCAAGGCACCAGAGCUCAAUCUAAUCCGGAAGUUUGCAGCCCUUCCUGCUGAUACGUCAUCAGGGCCGAGGAUUCUGUUCUCGAUUUGUACCGGUGCCUACCUCCUAGGGGCUGCCGGUAUUCUCCCUGGAAUGAGUGUGACGACUCAUCACCGAGGCCUUGACGCACUUCGCGAUAUUUGUGCUCGUGCCAAUGCUCCAGAUGGCCCCGCAACGCAAAUCACGCACAAGAGAUAUAUUGAUGGUGGUCUACUAAAGGGAGAGGGCGUCAGACUCAUUACUGCGGGAGGAGUUAGCUCAGGCUUAGAUGCUUCAUGCUACAUUGUCAGCCAACUAGCCACGCAUGAUAUGGCUGCGUUUGUAUCUCGAGUUAUGGAGCAUGAUUGGCGUGAGCUCGAAGAGUGA